UACCCCUGAGACUUUGAUUUCCUCCAUAUAGUGUAUUGAUAGUCUGGAAGACACCCUAUUGUCCAUGUAUUUAGGUUUGGCCAUUAAGUAACUAUGGUUCAUAAAAUUAGAUGUUUGCUGACACACAACGCUUUAAAAACAUGUGCCAUCACAUGGCAACAGAUACUACAUCACCAAGGUUCAUGUCAUGGCCGUCGUUAUUUGUCGUCGUGGGGUGAACACUUUUUUGCAUGAUGAUAUGUCCCUGUCAGGUGUGUCUGCGGCAGAUGUGGGAGGAUUGGAGAAGGCUACGCAAGGCCAAGCUGCUCAGGAUGGCAAGAGAGCAAAAAGUGGAGCCCUUGGUGCCCCAUUGGGAGGUCCAGAAGGAACUCUUGGAGUUGAAAGGUCCAACAAGGAGAGAGGAAGUGCACUCGGCCCUACAGCUCCUGAAUUAGAUACAGACAGUAGCUUUGCACCUGCUGUCCUGGUGACUGGAAUAGAAACUAAAAGCCUCGACCCGAAACUUGAGCCAAACUUGGGGGCCCAAAGUCUUGGUCUGGCUGUGUCCUCCACACCAGCAGGGGUCACUCUUGAUCCUUUAUUUUUAAAAAGAAAGAUCAGCGCAAGUCAUGGAGCCACACGGCCCUCUGGAGUAGCCCCAAAACCGGAGUCUUUAGAUCAAGACAAGCUCAGAACCAUCGAUGCGUCUUACCCUGCACAGAACGGCAGAGGCAAUGAGGCAUCUCGUCUACAGCGCUGGAAAAUCAUCAACUGUGGAUCCUCCAGGAAUUUGGGACACCAUCUUGCCCGUGCUACUCCUCAAGCACCAAGACCUGAAACAUUUGAUCUUUUACCAGCCCCAGACGCCAAUCCAUUAGCUCGCUUGCGAGCUACCAGAAUCAUGUUAGCUCCCGAACAGAAGAGGCGAGAUGUCCUUGGGAUCCCGGCUCAAAACUCCAAUGAAUGGAAAAUCAGUGGGACUUCAAGCAAACAACCGUCAAAUCUUCAAACACAGGAAGUGCAAAGAAGUAGUAUACCUUUGACACCACAGGCAGGUUUAGGUGUCGGUGGAGGGCAGGAAGGUUAUGGUCAAGGGAAUUUUCUUGGAGGAGGCCUGGUACCGGGGGCUUAUGGACCAGCUUUAGGCCAGGGAGCCUACUUGGGAGCAGGCGGUAAACUUGGAGCUGCUCUUGGUCACGGAGGAUAUACCAAAGGUCCUACCGGUGUGUCAACAGGUUAUGGUAACGGCGCUGCAGGUUAUGCCAACGGUGGCGCAGGGUUCCUCGGUGCUCAGGCAGGCAACGGCUACGGUCAUGGGAACGGUUAUGGCAAUCCUUAUGGAGCUGCUUCGCAUACAGGAGGCUACGCUGGACAGCCUCAGGUACCAUACGGAGGACUUGGCGCUGGACUAGACCCAGCUGCUGGAAAAUAUGCUGGACCUCAGGGCCCAUACGCUGGCGCUCCUGUGGCUCCUGCCCGACUUGAAGGAGAUGGCGGCUAUCCAUACGCUGCUCAACCUAUCGGCCUCAGCGGUGACGGCAGCAAAAGCGCCAGCAAACACGGUGCAGCAUACGGCACUCCACAAGCAGGUGCACUAUACGGCACUCCACAAGCAGGUGCAGCAUACGGCACUCCACAAGCAGGUGCAGCAUACGGCACUCCACAAGCAGGUGCAGCAUACGGCACUCCACAAGCAGGCUACGGGCAACAGCUAGGUGCAAGUCAAGAAGCGUUGGGACAGCAAGCCGGUAAAUAUGGUGCAGGAACCGGACCGCUUGCAGGUGGAUACAAAGGCUGAUGAAAAUGACCUGCUGAACUUCAAAUCUUAUCCAUACUUUUUUAUUUUUAUUUUUUAUUUUUUAAAUCUUGCUGUCUAUUUUUAUGUUUGUAACCGUCAUAUGUAACUGGCUUUUUUUAAGCAUUUCUACGUGACAAAACAACAAGUGAACAAUGUAUUUGAAAAUAAAUAUGGAAAAUAAACUAAAUGAUUGUUUUUUUAUUUUA